AUGGCCUCCUCCCCUCUGCCCCAGUUGACUGACAUUCUGAAGAUAUACCCUGCGGCCGAUCAUCACUGCUUCGGCAACUCCAACUACUACAACCGUCGCUGCAACAACUUGACAAGCCACCACAACCGGCAGGAAGCUCUCUGGCUCCUCGAACAGGGCACCCGCCAGCUCGCAGCCACCUCACUUGCAUCCUUGGACAACAUCCUCAACCAGCUCGCCCCUCUCCUCCUCUGUUCCCACCAGCACCGAGACCAGGCUGCGCGCUUGGUGGCCCAGUGGAAGGAGAAACUGCAGCGAUACAUAGACGGACGCUCGGCGGCAGCAGCACCUGCCACAAUGAACAACCGAGUGCUCCACAUCCCUGGGAACAGCGUUCUUACCACCGGCGGUGGCUUGGCUUUUUCGAACUUAACCACAACUCACGGUUCUGCUUCUUCAUCUAUGCUCGUCCUUCCACAUGGCAUGGUCGAGACGGGGCCCAGUCCGAUCUACGGCCACCGUCAGGGACCUAGGGUGGAGAUGAGUCGCCCCACGGUUAAUGCAACUUCGGCUUCUGCAACGGCGACCUCUGCCAGGGCUGCAUCCUCCCAUGCUCACCCGCACAACGUCCACCCGCAGAACGACCACCCCCAUAACGCCCACGCCCAUCAUCCCCACCCUCGCAUGUCGUCCAUCCACCCCGUCAGCGCCACCUUAAUGACACCCGCUCAAGUUUAUCCCCAGCAACCCGGCCCCCAGAGCGGGAGCGGAUCCACCAUGGUCAACUGCCCUGUGCCCAAACCCCCGGCAAAGCGCUCCGUCAAACCGCGGCCCGUGGACGGCGACUGCGGGAUCUGUCUCUUGCCGUAUUUUGAUGAGAGUAUCAAAUACGAUUCCUCCGAGGACGAAGAGAUGGAAGACGCUGACGACGAGGAAGAGGCGUGGGAAGAAAUGGAUGGAGAUGCCGAGUUAUCCGGGCCCGACUACGAUCAUGAGCUGCUGGUGUGGUGUCGGGCGUUCUGCGGGACCAACUACCACCGGGCCUGCAUGGAAAAGUGGAUUGAGACUUUCGAGGUCCACGAGCCGACAUGCCCAACCUGUCGGAACUAUUGGAUUUACUAG